GGAAUCCACUCUAUAAAUCCACCAUUUUCAUCACUCUAAUCAAGCUCUCUCAAUUCCUUUUUCUCCUCAAAUUCCACCAUGAAAAUUUCUUAAACCCAUUAACAAAAGCACCCUUUUCACCAAAUCUGAGAAUUCUGUACUUUUUUGCUCAAGUUUCCAAACAUGGUUCUUCUAGAUAAUUCUAAUUCUCAUGUUUCUUCUACUACCCACUACACCCAAACACGGCCUUAUUACUAUACUCCACCACAAUCCUCCUCCAAAGUUUCAAUUGGCCGGUCCAUGCGAACUAUCCGGUCUACUCUGUACCAAACCGACUACGAAAACUCCGGUCCAGUCUAUGAGAAACUUACAGAUUCCGUUGUCGAUUUUAACCUUACCGAGCUCGCUAAAAAGCCGCCACCGGUUAAUAAAUCCUCUUCUGAUGAAAUAGAUUUUCUGGAAACAUCUCAAACUUUCAGUGAUUUCUCGGCGUGUAGCAGUGAUAUUUCCGGGGAAUUGAACCGUCUAGCUAACAUACCAAAUUAUGAUCCGGGUCGAACCUCCGAACCCGAAACGGAACCGGAGCCAUGCAUAGGGUUUCUACAAAGGGAAACGUUUUCAACGGAGAUAAUAGAGAGUAUUGAGCCGGAGGAUCUUCAACCGACAGUGAAACUCUGCGUUGACAGUUUAUAUUCACCGUCGGUGGCCGUGAAAAGAUCGGCAGCGGAGAAGUUGAGGUUUUUAGCUAAAAAUCGAGCUGAUAAUCGCGCUUUGAUCGGCGAAUCCGGUGCUAUUUCAGCAUUGUUACCGCUUCUCCGGUGCUCCGAUCCGUUUACUCAAGAACACUCAGUAACGGCUCUUCUCAAUCUGUCGCUCCACGAACCAAACAAAACUUUAAUUACAAAUUCCGGUGCCAUAAAAUCUCUGAUCUAUGUUUUAAAAACCGGCACUGAAACGUCUAAACAAAAUGCUGCAUGUGCGCUGCUAAGCUUAGCUUUGAUAGAUGAGAAUAAACUGUCCAUUGGUGCUUGUGGUGCUAUUGCUCCAUUGGUUGUACUAUUAAUAAACGGUACGAAUCGGGGAAAAAAAGACGCAUUAACAACGUUAUACAAAUUAUGUACUGUGAGAUUGAAUAAAGAGCGGGCGGUGAGUGCCGGUGCUGUGAAGCCAUUGGUGGGGUUAGUGUGUGAGGAGGGCACAGGGUUAGCUGAGAAGGCUAUGGUGGUGUUAAGUAGCUUAACGGGGAUCGAGAUGGGGAAAGAAAGUAUAGUAGAGGAAGGAGGAAUAGCUGCACUUGUCGAAGUUAUUGAAGAUGGAUCUGAUAAAGGGAAGGAAUUUGCUGUAAUGACUCUUUUGCAGCUGUGUAUUGAUAGUGUAAGGAAUAGAGGGCUUCUUGUUAGGGAAGGAGGAAUUCCUCCUCUUGUUGCUUUGUCACAGACUGGAACUGCUAAAGCUCAGCAUAAGGCGGAAACAUUACUCGCAUACUUGAGGGAACCAAGACAAGAAGCUUCUACUUCAACUCCUUAGAGAGAGGUAGCUUAGAUGGUCUUCAUCAUUGGAUAUUUUUCUGUUUAUAGGAAGUUGUUUGAAGAGUUUGUACAGAGUGGUUGAUAAAUUUAGGAGUUCAUGAUACGUUUCAGGUAAUCAAAAAAAUAAAUCUGAAGUUAGUUUAAGGAAACUGACCUAUAUUUAGGUAAAUGUUUUACUAGGUAUUAUAGGGAAGCUGGGCACGGGUUGAAUUAUUAUCUGUUGUUUGGUACAACAACAUACCCGGUGUAAUCCCACAAGUGGGGUCUGGGGGGAGUGGAGUGUACGUAGACCUUACCCCUACCUUGGGAGGUAGAGAGGCUGUUUCCAAUAGUUAUUUUUUGUUUGGUAAGAAUUUGAAAAUGAUCCCUUAGUUUUGUUUGGGUGGUCCAAAUUCUGCUGAAAGGGUUACUACUUUUCUGAUUCUUAGUGUGUAAAAAAGCAACUAUUUCAGUAUGCUUGAGUCUUUUUUGGUUCUCGAACAAGAUUAUAUGGUAGUUUUGAUUUUAUGACUGUAAACAUAUUUGUCCAGUAAUGAGAUAUUUUCUUGAUUUUAUGGCUGAAAUAUGUCAAGCUUAAA